AUGGCUCUGUGCGGGGUGUCGGAGCCAUGGCUUUGCCUAGCGAGCUUAUCGUCCACAUUUUUUUCCUUUCUGUCCGACCGAGACAAGCUCCGGGCCUCGGCCGUGUGUUCACGAUGGAGGGAGUGUCUCUUCUACCCAGCGCUGUGGACCGAACUCAAAUUGCGGAUAGGUGGUGGUUGUAACGGCGGCGGCUCCAGCUCCGAGGAGACCCCGAGGCUGGAGUUCCUCAUGCGUAAAUUCGGUUCUUUCGUGCGGGAGCUGCAACUGGAACUCGCACCGGUGGAAGGCUGCCUCAGUCCGCUCAACAACAACAACCCGUCGUCCACCAGGAUGGACCAGCCCGAUAGCGACCCGCAGCUCUCCCAGCGAUGGAGAGACGCCAUGGCCACCUACUUGGACCAGGUGUUGUGUGUGUUCUCCAGCAUCCGCAACAACAGAAACCUGCGGAAGCUGAGUCUGUAUGGAGACACAUGUGUUCUCCAGCAGGAGGGACUAUUGGACAGCUCCCACCUGCACCAAAUUCACCAGGGGGACAAAAAGAUCAAUGAGUAA